AAUGCUCAUGGCGGCGAAUUUAAGAAACGAAUCAGAAUAUUUUUCUGGAAUUAACUGAUAAAACUAAGUGUGACCGCGUCUUGCAAUGCAGAUGAUAUGAUUGUUUCAAGAAGGCCCCAUUAGUACGAUAAUUAUGUGAAAAUGAGCACAAGAUCAAGCGGAUUUGGUGCAAGAAGGUCACUCAGUUUUGCCGACUUGCCUUACGUUGGCAAGAGGUUUUACGUCGAUGUUCGUUCAAAUGCUCAAAGAACAAAGGUUAUUCAACGUAUACAAAACUUGGGUGGACACAUAGAGAACUUCCUUUCAAAGGACGUUGACCUGCUGGUAACUGAUGCCAAAGACAGGAAGGAACAAUCAGGCGCAGGGAAAAACGCAGCAAAACAAAAUCUUCCGUUAAGUAGAGGGCAUGCCCUGUUAUUGAAGGCCUCUGCAGCCAAUGCAGGUCAAGAAUCGUCUCCCUUGACCAACUCUUCAGCUGUUCUCCAGAAUGCAGCCAGCCUCUAUAUCAAGACAGAGUCAGUCUCCCAAUUCUUAAAAAGCACUGCCAAACACCUGGCUAAGCUGCGUGAGGACAAAGUGGCAGACAAAAAUGAUCCCAGCAAUGGAAUGGCAUAUAUCUCAUGGGAGAAUGACAAGGAGAAUAACCCUGAGUGUUACCUCAAAGUGGAGGAUGAGGAAGUGCAGUAUCGGCCAUUGUGGAAACAGUUUGACGUGUUUCCUGUUAUUUCAUAUUCUGGGACCGAUUCGCCUUUUGAUGUGGGAGUGACUUUAAAUAAGAAAAGUGACAACAAUCAGGCAAAGAAGAAAACUGCUGGAGCUGGUGCUCUAAGGGGAGGCUACUGUGAGUCAUGUGAUCACUGGUACAAGUGUACUCUGAGAGAGCACAUAAACAGCGAGAAACACAAAGAAUUCAUUAUGGCUGUGGAGAACUUUAAAACUUUGAAUGAUAUUGCAGAACAGCUGCCAAACUUCUCAAAUUUUGUAAGUAGUUUUGGUCUGCAAAUUGACUACGAUAGUGAAGUCUGUAACAAUAAAAACCAGACUUAUGCAGAUGCUGAUAUGGCAUUAGGAAACUUUGGAGAACGAAUUUGUUUACAAUUAAAUAUUUCAAACUGUUGUGAUAAAACUGCUCUUUCAAAUGGUAUCGAGAACAAACCCAUGACUAAUUUAUCUGAAAGUGGCUUUUCCACGCAUAGUUCAGUGACAGAAAAUCAGUUAUCAAAUAGACAGGUUGUAGUAUCAGCCCAUAACAAGAUGGUAGACAGUGUACAAGAACUGUUGCAAGGUGAGAGGUCUAUGAGUACAGAAUUUCAAAUAAACAUGGAAGGCAAAUCUGAACACUCUGCUUCCAAGUCAAGAAGUGAUCACACAAAUAGGUUAUGUUUCAAAGAGAUCUCCUUUGACAAUGUGCUUGACAGUGUGUUGAACGAUUCUUUUGGUAAAAGUCAGGAUGAGCUUGUAGAUGAAGAAGUGUCAAAGCUAACAGAUGCUUGUGACAGCCGCAAAAUUGUGAAUCUUGGGAGUCAUCAAGUUGCUGCUUUACAAAAAAGCAUCGAUGAAACAGAGCUAAUUCAGGAACAUUCUAGAUCACAUAAAGACAUUUGCUCAAGUCUUGGAACAUGUCCUACUGUUAUCUUUGCCAGUCAGGGCACAGUUGCAUCUUCCACUGUGCAGUUUGGAUGGAAUCCAGUCAGUGUUUGCUCUAAUCCCACGAAGUCUAAGCCAAAUCAAACUGGUAGAAAUUCGUAUACAUUUUCUUCUGCAGCAUCUUUCAGCGAUGUUGGCAUACAUGAGGCCCUGAACAUGUUGAACAGUCAGAGGUCAGCUAGUAGGAGUAGCCAGAACAGAGAGUUGAUGGCCACAAGAUCGUCUGUGACUAACACAGAUAAAUUUUGUGGUAAUAGCACCCACUCCAGUGUUAAAGAACAAAGUUUUACCAGUGAUCAAUGUGAAAAAGCAGCGUUUGCAAAAGCUAAUUUAUUAAGAAAUUCAGGGAUUCAACCUAGUAUUCAUACAAAAAUUAUAUCAUCAAGUCAAUGUGAACUUUCAGAAAGCCAAACUCUUCAAUUUCCAUUAACAGACAUGAUAAAACCCCUCAGUGAUAGUCUGAAUAGGCCUAUAAGCACUGCAAGUAACACAUCAAAAGGUUUGUCUGACAAUGGAAGUGUGUUUGGGAAUAGUAUGGGUACAAUUCCUGGGGGUAAGGUUUACUCUGUGUCCAACCCUGACUACAGCAAUAUCACUGAAGAGUCAAACCAGGGCCUCAGCAAUAAUAACUCUAGUGCAUUGGAAAGUUUUAAAAGUUUUAAAUUGUUCGGAAAAGACGAUAAUGCAGGAAACAAGGAAAGCUUGUUCAACACCCCUAGCAAAGAGAUCAUGGCCCAUAUUCAGGCUAGGAUUCAAGAAAAUAAUGCUAACUCUGGAUCCACUAUCAGGAACUGGCUGGUUCCAGAAGAUAAUGAUAACAUGUCCCAGAAACUAGACACACCAGUGAAUAAAGGGAACCAAACGAAGGAUACAUUAAAAUGUGGCUUGGACAGAAUUGAUCAGUGCUUUGAUGAAAGUGCAGAUAAUUCUAAAGUAGCUGAAUGGAUAACAAAUCAUGAUUUUUAUCCAAUGAUAAAUUCUGAAAACUCUUUGCACUGCUUUGAAGAGUCAACUCGAGUUUCGGAAACAAAUACUGCAGCAACAAGCAAUGAGAGUCAUAGAUAUAUUGAGCUAAAAGCAAAUGGUUUUGAAAAAAGUGUGUUCAAUAUGGGAGAUAUUGUUCAUAAAUCAUGCAGUGAAAGAAAUGCUUUUAGUGAAAAUCAGUCAUUUGGAACAUUUUCAGAAAGUGGAACUAGCAUUACUGAUUGCACAAUCGACAAUCUGAAGUAUUGUCCAAGUAGGGUAUCCAAAUCUGGAGUUGGUAAUGAAAGCUCUAGUCAUGUUCCAUAUGACUCAAAAAUGUGUUCAGCAAUAAAUGAUGACAAUGUGAGUGUGAAAAGUGGCCUGAGCUCUGUUGUAACUGAAAAAGGUGUCAGAAUAAAGGGUCUUUCAAAUUUAAAAACAUCAAGUCGGCCACCUAGCAGGUGUAGUAGUGUGACUGGUACAGAAGAUGUACUUAUCAGUGACUUUCGAGCUAUUGAAGGAAUGAAAAAUAUAGAAAACGAUUUGAAAGUUGCAAUACCAAAGCCAGUUCCACUUGUUCAUAAUGAAAAAGCUGUGAAAACAUGUUCUCAGAUUACACCUACCUUUAGCGAUCAAAUACCACCAGUGGUAAGUGAGCAGAAGACAAAAGCUAUAGGAAUAGGCCAUGAAUCAUCCAAUGAGGUUACAAUCAACCGAAUGAUACAAAGCAGCAUGCAAGUGAAUGACAUGCAGCCGUCACAUCAACAGGUCUACAAAACUGUGGAUAAUUAUGCAAAUACAAUGUUUAGUUCAAAUAGACUUACUAUCAGUGGGAUGAGGUCUCAACCGCUCAGUGUUCUAACCCAGUUCACAUCACCAGGAUCUUUCAUGGACCUUUUGGCAUCCCCAGGUCAGAUGCUUGGCAGACAAUCAGGGACCAUGGUUGGAAAUUUGGGGGCAAAUACAUACAUAAACCCUGGCGAAAAUAUGCAUAUACUACCUUUACAGCAAAGUCAAAAUGUUGGAAACAAUGUAUUCAAUGUAUCUAACAGUGCUUCAACAGACUUUGAUACUCGUGUAGAAUUUUCCAAUCAGCCAAAUGUUGAACAUAGUAAUUGCAAGAUAUUGUCAACAAUAAAGCUGGAUGACAUAGCAGAAAGCAGCCAGUCUUUGUCCAGUCCAGGCGUGGCCACAGCCAAACGGCAGAGAAAAGGGUCAGUCUUUAGGGGUAAUUCUUCUGUUAAGACAGCCACAAAGCUUAAGUCAAAGGCAAAAAGAUCAGAAAGUCCAGCACCCAAGACAACAUGCAUGUCAUCAACGAUUGGUUCUGGUCCAGUUGUGUCUCAAAACAUCCAUAGCAAGCAACUCCCAAUGUUAUUACCAAAAACAAGUGAACUCAAAGCUGCUGAGAAUGGUUCACAACAAGUAUCAAUGGGGCAUAUGCUUGGUACAAUAAGUAACAAUUUAAAUACCUUUUCUACAGCAAACACUUCUUUGGGAGUCUACACUAACCAGUGUUCAGCAUUCUCCCAAGCUCAAUCCUAUUAUUCUAAGCCUACGCAGACUCAACAACAAAACCAGCAUAAUACUCUGAGUAAUAUCCAACAAGUGCCACAUACAAUGGCACUGCAGUAUCCCCAGCAACAGCGUCCAUAUUACCCCACCCCACCCAGCUAUCAAGAACAAUAUAGUCACGGGCAACCAUUGGGAGCGGGUUUUAGGCAAAUGCAUCAUCAGAGUAUAUACAAUUAUUCUAUGGCAAACAAUUUCUCCCAGAACAUUACACAUUUAAACAACAUUUCACAUGCAAGCAACACUUCACAUGCAAGCAACAUUUCACAUCCAAGUAACAUUUCACAUCCAAGUAACAUUUUUAAUCCUAGUAACAUUUCAUAUCCAAGCAACAUUUCACAUCCAAGCAACAUUUCACAUCCAAGCAGUGUCAGUUUUCAUCAGAGCCUCCAUACAAACUCCCCUCACUUCAUGCUGCCGCCAUUAGAAAACUACUAUCGGGACCAGAGCCCUCACGUGGCCUACAAUGCCGUUCAGACGGGAGCCAUGAAGAUGACCUUCAAGCGUGUACCAAACCAGCUAGCCGAGGAUAGGGACUGCAGAAACGAUCUCACACGCUAUUGGAACGUGAAGAAGGCCGGUGAUUGUCGUCUGGUAUUGCGCGCAGGUGGGCAGGAGAAACGGAAGGCAGAGGAGAUUUCCUAUUCAGACCAUGCUGGUGACAUGGGCAGUUAUUAUGGUAGUGAUGCCGAGGCGUAUACACCAGACACUGGUGGUAAGCCGAAUGCAAAACGACGGAAGUGCCUUGUGUAUUAAUUAUUGUUCAUUUUAUCUAGUAUAAUGUAUUACACAUGGUAUUGGUCUGGGAUGUGAUUGUGAAUUACUCAUGGAAUGUGUGAAUACAGGGUACAGAAUGAUAAAAAACUUACAAUAGCUGCCUGGUCUUAUUACUUCUAGGAUUCCAUUGGCUAUUUAUUACACUGUCAUUUAUUUAUUAUUCACAUGUAUUUGUAUUUCAUGACCAGUAUUUAUGAUACUCAUGUUGAUGAACACCAAAUUUUACUUGAUUUUUUUCAUGAAUAUUUUACUUUAGUUUUACUUAUAAUCUUACUUUUGAUAUAAAUAUUAUUCAAACUAGUCUUUCAGUCUUUGUAUUAUUUUAUUUUGAAAUGUUCUGUGUUGAAGGUGAAUAUUGUCUACAGUGAUUUAUGUGAUUUCGGGAUUGUUUCACUACAUUUUCUUUGUUAUUAAGUAUACUCAAAUUGUGUUUAUCUUUUUGUGUGUAGAAUAUGGUCAGUUCAUAAUUUGCAAUAUCAAUAUGUUAUGAAUAUUCUGAAUCAACUGUCAAUAUUACAUAUUUCGAAGGUUGCUGGUGCCAUGUGAAAGGGAAACACAUAUUGUAUUUUAUGUACAUAUCACUGCUGAGUGCUGAAACUACGUCUUUCACCGCGUACAUAUAUAUUUGUGUAUUUAUACUGAAUUUUUCAGCAUAUAUUGUGUUGUGAAUUGUUUGUUUUUUCAGUGUAAUUUUCGAUGCUGUAUAUGCUUAACUCCAUAACAUUUUAUAUCAAUCUGUUAUUUAAAAUAAUUGUCUCAAACCAUGAAAUGAUUGGUGCAUUAUUUUAUAAACAUGUUUACAUUUGAAGUACAUUUUUACAAACCAU